CAGGAGAGAGAGAGAGAGAGAGAGAGAGAGAGAGGAAGAGGAUGGCGAUCGCGAGAACGGGGGCAUACGUUGAUGAUUACUUGGAAUAUUCGAGCACGCUUGCUCCGGAACUGCAGAGACUUCUCUCCACCAUGAGAGAGCUUGAUGAAAGGGCUCAAGGUAUAAUCAAUCAAACAAGAGAACAGACUAAUGACUGCUUGGGAAUUCAUUCUCAUAGCUCCAAGAAAGUGAUCCAUGAAGAUGAUGAAACAACAUUUGAAAAGUUGAAGAAAGAGAUUGAGGCUAGUCAAGAGAAUGCAUUGAGCCUUUGUACUGAGAAGGUUUUGCUUGCACGGCAGGCUUAUGAUCUUAUUGAGAGUCAUGUAAAACGGCUGGAUGAGGACCUGAACCAGUUUGCUGAAGAUUUGAAGCAAGAAGGAAAGAUACCACCAGAUGAGCCUGCUACACUUCCACCUCUACCUAUUAAAGAUGAAAAGCGGAGGUCCGGUCAUUAUACACCACAAGUAAAAAGGUUAAGAGAGAGGGAAUGGGAAAGGGAGAGGGAUGUUGAUAUUGAGCUGAUGCCUCCCCCAGGUAGUCAUAAGAAAUCACUUCCUGUAUCUGUAGAUGCAGAUCAACCCAUUGAUCCUAAUGAACCCACAUACUGUGUCUGCCAUCAGGUGUCUUUCGGAGACAUGAUUGCAUGCGACAAUGAGAAUUGUGAAGGAGGAGAAUGGUUUCACUACUCUUGCGUUGGGCUGACCUCGGAAACAAGAUUUAAAGGGAAAUGGUUUUGCCCUACAUGCAGGCUACAACAAUGAAUUGCAUUCUGUUCAAUGCCAAACUUUUUCGGUUUUUUUUUUUUUCGGUCGGGCUUAUUUCUUCCAUUGAAGCUAGGGUUUGUGAAGUGGUGUGGUUUGAGCAUCAUGUGUUGUUGGUACUUGAUGUCUUCACUACCUGAUAUUGCUUGUGGAUGGUUUUGUUUACCAACAUGUAGAAAGAAACUGGUGUCAGAUGAACUUGACCUUUUAUUGUAUUCCAAUUGAGUGCUUAAUAUGAAAACAACUCA